UGACGAAGAUUCCUUCCGGAAGUGUUCCUCAGAGGUGGAAGUCCAGGAGAAACUGGGAACGAUGCUUUCAAGCCUCUUGGAAAGAAUCCGCCAGGAUGGGAGGCAACCACGCACCGUAAGGUUGAGCAUCCGCCGCUUCUCCUCAUCGGGAAAGGGGUUCCAUCGGGAAUGCCGUCAGUGCCCUAUCCCGCCGCAUCUCCUUCCCAAAUUUGGGAAAGAUCCCGGGAGCCUUCUCUCGCCCCUGGGGAGCAUCCUUAUGAAGCUCCUGCGGAAGAUGAUCCCGACGGAGCUCCCGUUCCACCUCACCCUCCUCAACGUCUGCUUCUCCAACCUCCAGGAGCUUCCCACCAGGAAGGGCUCCAUUGGCUUCUACCUCAAGGGCAAGGGCCCAGCACCCACUUCUGGCCAAGGAGGGAGUGGGAAGGUGCUUGUCUAG